AAAAAAAGACACUAAAACUAGACCGUAUUCAGGAAUCUCAAUCGAUCGAUACGUUGUUGAAAGCGACCUAACAAUCAUGGCGGUGGUAUGGCCCAAUCUCGUAUUCCUCGCCGGCAUUAUUUCACUUUUCCAUGCCGGGUAUUCAGCUGCUCAGCAUCGGACAUACAUGCGUGUUACUGAACAAGAAUUCAUCUCUUUACCUUCAGAUAUUGGUGUGCAAGGCUUACUGAGUCUCCUCUUGGCAAUGUAUGGUAUACUACACAUUGCAGGUGACUUCAAAAUUCGAGCCAAUGUCCAGCUUCAGCAUAAAUCCUGGGAGACCGUUGGGAACAGGCCCACCUUCUACACGUUUGCACACCGAGGACGAGCGCUCAGCCCAAAUUACUCUCCCCCCAAAUCGAAGACAAGUUUAGAUAGUGUGGAAAAUAUUCAGUCCUAAAGAAUGCUCCUGUAUUGUUGAGAAUGUAUUACUUAUUUGUGUAUUAUCGGUAUUAUCAUUAUGACUAAGGAUGCGAUGUUUAGUUUGUUCUACUUAUAUGAUUUAGUGUAAGGUUAAAUCUAUUAACUUAAAAAAUGUUUUUGUUUUGAUUUUCAUUUCUUGAGAGAGAAAGAGUUUGUUUUCCAGUAGCAGUAGUUAUGUAUGAUAAAAUAAAGUCAUAUGGUAAAAUAAAAUAUAUAAUUCUAAAAA